AUGAAUCAAAGCAACGACAAAUGUAACAUUGUUCAUGAAAGUGAUCUGCUAUUACAGGAUGGUCGAAAUGAGAGAGUGGAAGUGAUAUCACCAACAGAGAUACGUGCUGCAAAAUUAACAGAUACUGGCAAUAAAAUGCCUAAAUGUCAUGGAAAUAAAAAAUUACAACACUUCAAACGAAAAUGGAGAGCACGUGGUUUGAAUGAAGAAGAAAUUGUGACAUUGAUUAAUAGAAAAAGCCAUGAUAUAUCUGAACAAUCAUUGAAUGAAUCGAUGAUGAAUGACCAAAUAGAAACAUUAAACAAACGAAAAAGAAGCUCGUCAAAACAAAAUUUGGCAAAUAAAUCUAGGAUAUCAUCAAGUCAAUCAUCUAUAUCACAAGGAGUUUUCAAAAAAGUGAAGAAUUCUCAGAUUGAAACGAAAUCAUCUAUUGAUAGUAAUAGCGAUCGAUUGAAUGCAAAUGAUGAUAUUUCUUUUUAUAA